AUGCCCCAUAUAUACCGGGAGGUAUCAUACUACGGACUCCAUAACGAUUGGAUCGUCACCCAGAAUCCAGGGGGAAAGGAAGACUACUUCACCACCACUACUGGUGAUGAGCAGCGUAAUUUCACACACGAAGAAGAGGUCGAUAUCUCUGGUCGCGUGUUUCGCGAAUUCUGCAACGUUGAUGGAGAUGACCUCCGCCACGCUUGGAAGUAUGCAUUCGGUACUGCCCAGUCCCCGGAGAAGAUGGCAGAAUGGGAUACGCUCUCCUGCCAAGAUCGCCUUGACCAGAUUAAGCACAAAUUUACUCCAGAGGAACUUACCAUCCUCGAAGGCCAGCUGCUUCAAAUGGGCGGCAACUCUCUAGACAAGAUGGGAUUGCUCGGUACCCUCCGUUGGUGGUCUUUGGGUUCUCAUUCACCCACUGGACUAAACGAUAUUGCGUUGCACACACGUCUUCGAAGUGGCCAGAGUGAGCUGCACAGGCGCAUCUUCGACCACUCCAUGUCAACGGGAAAUCUCUCCUACAGCUUCCAGGACCCCACCCAGGCGAUACACGAAGCCGAAGGCGUUGUCUCCGUCAUUAGCAGGGACGAUAACUCUCACUUGGUUUGCUUUGGUCCGGACCCAGACGCCGCUAACGGACUGCGACUGGAUGAUGUUGGGGCGAUCCAGGCUGCUGCGCUCCACCUUCUACCCAAAGGGAAGCAGGAGGAUGCCAUAAUUACCCGCAUCGUAUCUCACGACUGGAAUAAUGACGAGUUUGCAAAUGGCACUUGGUGUUUUAUGCCUCCCGAGGCCACGACUAAGUAUUUGGCAGCCCUCCAGAAGUCUCACGGAAGUGUGUAUUUUGCCAGCGCGGACUGGUCGGAUGGUUGGUGUGGCUGGAUCGACGGGGCUGUCCAGAGCGGUAUGGAAAUGGCGAAGGAACGUGUCAAGUUAGAGUCGGAGGGGUUCCGGGCGUACUGGCCAGCCAUCAACCUCAUUUAUAAUGCCUCGGAUAAGUUUAUCAAGUCCAAGUUCUACGUUCCCUUCCACGUCUACGAUGAGGAAGGUCUACUGCCGGACCCUCUUGUUCUCACGGAUAAGGCAAUGCAUACGAGGAUGAAACGUAGUGCCUAUACUGCGUAUUCUAUGGGAGCAAUGAUUCAGCUCGAGACAUUACUAGACGACGUGACAGUACGACUCUUCAAUAUCCUUGACUCAUUUGCCGAGUGUGCCGACAAGACUUGUGAUUUGGGGGAGUGGUUGCGUCUCUACGCAACUGACGUUAUCUUUACGGUUACCUUUGGACAAGACAUGAAAUUUAUGGAGGAUGGCGACCCUAUUGGCAUGAUGCCAGUAUUAGAGUACAUUAUUGGUGACUAUGUAGCUAUUGUCGGACAAUUCCCGUGGACUCACAAGUUUCUCCUAGGGAAUCGGCUGGUUGAGAAGCUUGUGCUCGGUAACAGUGCUCUUAAUGGUGCGGCGUUUGACCUAGCCCUCGGCCAGGUCGACAAAUUCCGAAAAAAGGAGACGAAGAGCCAUCAGGGCCACGAACGUUUGUCCACAGGUUACUCGAGCAGCAGCAAAAACAGCCUGAUUCCAUCACCGACCGUGAAUUGA